AUGUCAUUAGUCGGUUCAGGCACCUUAAUUGUCAAACCUCUCAAAGCAAAACUAACUCAUGAUACUGAAUUCCUUGGCAAGAUGGAUCCUUACUGCAAGGUUAUUCUUGGAAAUUAAAAACAAAGAACUAGAGAACAUACAGAUGCUGGUACUAGAAAUAUUCAUAUUUUUAUAGGCAAGCAUCCUUCAUGGAAUCAAUCACUAAGCUUUAGGCGUACAAAUGAAUACAUAGCUGAAAUCUAGGUUUGGGACUCGGAUGAAGUAAGUGAAGAUGAUUUAGUUGGAGAAUGCUCCAUAGCCUUAUAACCAUAUUUAGUUGAUUCUCCUAAACCACCUGAAUGGCUCAAUUUAAGCUACAAAGUAAUUUAAAUAAUCAUUAAAAACUCAGGGAAAAUCGGCUGGAUAGAUUUACAUUUCUUUUGAAUGGUUUUCUGAUUCAAAAUAUUAACAAUAGCCUUAAAUACCUUCAAAUCCUCUAUAUUAUCAAUAAAAUAAUGUAAUACCAAUGAAACCUCCUGUAGCUCCUUAUUACCAAUAACCAUAUAAUUAAUCAAUGCCUUAUUAACAACCUCCCAAUUAUCCACCCUAAUCAAUAUAAUAUCCAUAGCCACCACCCUAUUCUUAAACAGGGUUCUAAGGACCAGUAGGAUAUCCAUAGAAUCAAUAAUAAAACUAUCCGUAGUAAGGUUAUAUGCCUAACUACCCUCCUAAUUAAUAAUAAGGCUAUUAACCAAAUCAAGGAUAUCCACCCUAUCAACCUCCAGUUUACCCACCAAAUCAAGCUCCCAAUUAUGCACCCAAUUAACCGCCAAGUUAUCCUCCAAAUUAGCCACCAAGUUAUCCUCCAAAUUAAGCUCCCAAUUAUCCACCAAAUUAACCACCAAAUUAUCCUUAAAAUUAACCUCCAAAUUAUCCACCGAAUUAACCACAAAAUUAUCCUUAAAAUUAACCACCAAGCUAUCCUCAAAAUUAACCUCCAAAUUAUCCAUCUAAUUAACCUCCAAAUUAUCCUCAAAAUCAACCUCCAAAUUAACCACCUAAUUAGCAAGGAUAUCCAAAUUAUGCCUAAACCAUGUAAAAUAAUCCUUAAAACUAUCCUAAUACUUAAGCAUAGGGUGGCUAUACAAAUAAUCAAAUGCCACCAAAUUAAUAAGCAUAGACCUUACCACCAGGUCAAUAAUAUCCAAAUUUACCUCCCAUCAAUCAACCUUAUCCUGGCUAAUAACCUCCUCCUCAACCAAAUUAUGUUCCACCUCCUUAAUAAGGGUAAUAAUAAUCACCUGCAUAUUACCCUAAUCAAACGUUACCAAAUUAGACAUAUCCGAUGAAUUUCGAUCCAAAUAAGAUACCUAACCCUAUGGGCAAUUGAAG